CUCAUCAUCCAUCAGGACUCGCAUGACAAGAUUUAUUUGCAACUUCAAGAUGGCAAGAGAAAGUAAGAACAAGAACUCUGUUCUUCAGUCAGAGGUGUCACACAGAUGCAGCUCACGCUGUCUCGGUCCUCUGACCUUCCACAAUCAGGCUGUGGGAGAAAAGGUCCGCUUGAGUCAUGGAGGUCGACUCGCAGAGAAGACUGAGAACACCUUCAAGAAUGGGCUGGUGUUCAGCAACCGGCCAGUGAAGAUCCAGGAGAAGAUUCAUCUGAGAGUGCAGAGGGAUUCGACCAACUGGGAGGGAGCUCUGCGUGUGGGCUUUACCACAGUGCCACCCUCAAGCAGAUCUCUACCUCUGCCCUGCUUGGCCAUCCCCAACCUCACUGACAAGCCUGGACACUGGGCUGUGCCUGUAAAUGAAUCCUACUGCCAAGCAGGUUCAGAGCUGAAGUUUUGGGUUUCUGAUGGUGGCAGCAUAUACGUAGCUGUCAGCAACAGGCGGUAUAAGUGGCUGACAGGAGUGGACCUCAGCCAGCCUCUGUGGGCCAUGAUAGACGUCUACGGCCAGACGCGCUCCAUUUUACUCCUAGGCUCAGAGAAAAAAGAUCUAUUUUGUACCAAAAGAUCCUGUCCUGCACCUGAACCGCUCACCUCACCUGAUGCUUACAGCCACUUUGGUUCAGUUUCAGACUUCAGUUGUGAUGACUGCAUCUCCUGUCUUGACAUGAAAAUGCCAGGAGAUAUAACCUGUGCGGUGUGCAUGGUGAAAGAGGCCAGAAUCACACUGCCGUGUGGCCACCGGUGUUUAUGUAAACACUGCAACUCCAGAGUUUUUCAGGAGUUUGGCACCUGCCCGCUGUGUCGACACAAGAUCAGAGCUCCAUCGGCAGAGGAGCUGGUCUGAGCUCCGAGACAGAAGCCAGAAAUCACCAAAGAGAAGUUACAGAGUGACUGUAACAGUGAAAAUACUGCACUAAAUGCAAAAUCUGCUGCUAUUUCUAUAUUAUUUAUAAUGAUAACUUUGUCUGUACAGCGUACUUUUCUACCUCGAUGUAAAUCUUAAAGCAGUGUUGUAUUUUUGUCUAAAAAUUGUAAUGUGUUGAUGGUAAAAAAGAUAAACUCUGUUAUGUUUUAAGGGUUAAAAAAACCCUCAAAAACAAUAUUUUUCAAUGAAGCGUGUUUUGGAAAAGAAGCAUCUGUCUACAGCUCAUGUCUCUACAGUCAGGAAUGAGCGGACGUGAAAAUAAAUGUUGGUUUUCAGAUAAGAGCAGACUGUGUGGCUGAU